AUGUACACCUACAUCGAAGGCGAUGAGAACGAUUUCAAAGAGGGUGUCUGGCCUUUUGGUAGCGAAGGGGAUCCAGACGAUGCACCAAUCCCGUCCGGAGGUGGAUGCCGCCAGAUCAACAAAGUACUAGCUAGAGCCGAUGAAGACGAGGGUGAAUUCUCUUUUGGAGGGCCAGCAUAUACGCUUCCUUCUGCACCAGGACUUUUUGUCGGUGGCGUAGGUCAUGUGCCAGUCCCAGUUUGUUCAGAGCAGACGCAGCAGUUAAUUGCUCGAUGCGAGAAGUCUCCGUUCGGUCACAAUCUCGACACCAAGAAGGAUGAAAACGCAGGAAAGAGUUGGCACCUACAGCCGGAUCUAGUCCAAUUACAGAAUCCACUAUGGGAAAAGGGUCUCAAACAAUUGACGGAUACAAUCUCGCAUCGGUUGGGGUACGAGGACGUCUCGUUACAGCGUGUACUAUGCGGUCUGGUGCUCUACGAUGAGGGGGAACACAUCGUCAAGCACCGAGAUACUAAGAAAGAGAAUGUGUCGCUUGCAACAUUGGUAAUUCAAUUACCAAGUUUGCAUGAAGGAGGUGGCUUAGUGGUGAAUCGCGGAGAUGAGCGAUAUCAUUAUGAUUUGGGCAAGGCAGACGGCAUGUCACCGUUUCUCGCGCAUUACGCUGUGUAUUAUGCAGACGCCGAGUGCUCUAUAGACAAGAUAACGAAGGGGUACUGUCCCUUUUUGGUGUACUCACUUUACGUGCCGUUGACUGUGCGCCAUCUUGAAAGAGAUGGUUCCAUAACUGAGGAGCUGGUCAAAGCCAUAGAAAGCAUGAAUCCCGAAGAAGAUGAUGAAUCAUUUGCGCUGUUGUUGGGAGAUGGGUAUACUGAGAAAUGUAUUGCCAGUUUGGGUUUUGUGGCGCUGAAGGGCCUUGAUCGUGCAAGACUUGGAGUGGUUUUAAGAGCGAACGCAGUCGUUUCUCCUGAGAAAAAGCUGAAGCUAUUCAUUGCUCAAUUAUCGCACGAUAUUUCGUACUUCGGAAGCUUCGGAGAGCAACAUAUUAACAAGCGCAUGAAUUCUAUAAAAUGGUACUCUUUAGCUGGGGAAUAUUUGGGAAACAUACGCAAUCUAAAGUCAGCUUCGCUAAAUUUCCUGAAUCCUGGCCAGGAAACACUUUGGGAGCUGUGGAUGCCUCACGGGAUGUUUAAGGAAGAGAACACUUUAGAAAGCCGAGUAUAUUCCAGAUACGCUGUGAUCGCGUGGCCAGUCGCCAAACAUACAGAGAACGUGUUAAAACUGAUGCCAGAGGAUGUUGCUAUUGAGAAACUGUAUGCUCACAGCUCAGGUGACGCAACAGUACUUCGCACGUUCCUGCAAGAUUUGAGAGCAAGAUUCGAAGACCAAAAGGAUUUUUCAUGGGAGAGCGAGAGUGAUAUCGUUUCCGUCAGAUUUUGCCGGACUGUAUGCAAACUACUGGUCGAUGCUGGUGAUCCAGAUCUUGUCAAUUUCUUUUUCUCCGAACUGUGUCCUGACUUGGAUGGUCUGGAAGGUAACGAAAUCCUUAUCCCAUCUAUUAUAUUGAUAGUCCGUACCUUCGACUGGAGAAGUAUUGGUGACGUUCUUCUGAAAGUACUUGGGAAGCACGUUCAUCGGUACGGAAACGAUGAAGCGGUUGGAGCUCUGCACCUCGAAUUGGCACUGGACGUCAUGAAUGCACUGGACAACGGAACCGCUAAGAACGCACUAUUGAAACUUGCAGUGCAAGAAGCUGCAAAAUUUGCUCAUGAUGAGUUGUGCUGUGACGAAAUGGUUGAAAUAAUUUGGAAACAUGCCAUCCAUUGUAAAAUCAAUACUGUUUUUACGGAUGUGGUGAAUAUGUUCAAGGAAACGGAUGCGCGUCUGCUGAGGCGAACUGUGAAGACAAUCGUACAGUCUUUUGAUGAAAUUGACGAAGGAAAUGAAAGAUAUUCUCUGUUGACAUCGCUGGUUGUAAAACGUGUUGGCUGGCUCAAGAAGCAAAUUGAAGCGUACGACAGGCCGUUCUCUUGGGAGAUGCCGGACGCUGAAUUCGCAGAUAAUUCCACGGUGCAGCAAUUCCUUCGAGGUCCUGAUGUUACGAUGCGAAUGACAAGAGAUAUCUAUAAAUUUAAAGGAUUUAAGGAUGCACGGAACCAUGCUGCAGAAUGGACGCGCAAAAACCAAGUCAACGCGUCGUUUGAGAUGGAAGCAAGCUCUACUAAUGGAAAUGCAGUCGUGGCUAUUACGAAGACGCGCAAAUGGUUCACGAAGGGCCAACAGAAUUUGGAACGGUACAAGAAGGAGCUGAGCCAAUUGAAGAAGCAUAAUAGCUGUAAGAGCGGUGAUCCCAGUGACGUCAAGCGGGCUCGAGUGGAGUAG